GGGACUAUAGAGGGAGAGACAGUAGACUAAACCAGUUAAACCAGUAUUACAUUUUAAAACUAAUUAUAAAAGAGACAGGAAGCCUUUGUAAAUAUGCUAAAAUAUGUGUAAUUUGUGGUGCUCUAUUUUACUUGGUUUUGUCAAAUAAUAAUCAGAAUAGGCCUACUUAAUAAUAACAAUUAUUAUUAUUAUUUAUGUAUUUACUAUUAGCUGCUUAUUAUUAUUAUUAUUCAUUCAUUGUUUCUUUCUAAUUCUUCCUGGUCUGCGAGCUCUUUUGUGGCACCAGUCACCCUCCAUACCACAAGUGCUUCCACCGCGAUCACAAGCCGCUGGCUCAGUAAAGAUGGGCGCUAACCAGUAGCGUUACAGUUAUUUGUACCACAUUUGUAGCCUUUUCCCCGCGAGACACGGCGCGAAUGACAGAACGCCGUGUGAGAAGAACCGGUCUACUAAACACGUAUUUCAAGGAUGCCAUUACUCAUCGUCAGUAUGAAGCCGUCUAUCCAACCUGCACAACCUUGUAGGCCUACAGAUAUGUAAACAAAAGCACCUAAAGAGCCUUAACAAAUAUUCAUCACUGUGGACACAUGGAGUACGCAACACAAGCCAAGGAUAGAUAAUUUCAGAGACAAGCCUGACAGAACCCUGACCACAACGAAUUCACCUUGAGCCUCAGCUGAUUUACAUUUCCUUUUUCGACGCUGUGGCUGUGAACAAAUCACUCUAUCCCCAGUUCAAAGACCUCCCACGUCUACCCUCCUUCUGUGCCACAGGAUCCUAACAGUGCCCCUCAGAGGGGAGAUGCCAGUCUUGCUUAAUGCCGACGCCUCCUUCAGCUCCAAGCAGGAGCUCCUGGACCUGCAGGACUGCCCUCUCAGUGGGGUUCCAUCUCUGGACACCCCCAGCCCCAUGGACUCCCAGACAGGCAGCCCAAUAGGGUCAGGCCCCAGACAUCCUGGCAGCCCUGGAGCUGAUGGCCCCGUUCGGCCCCACAUUUUCACUGGGGCUUCCACACUCCCAGGGCAGCUAUAUGGGGUGGAAACAAAAUCCCAUGCAGAGACUCCCAUGGGGUUAAAGUUGAUCUCCACUGACUCGGAUCAGCUAUGUGGCUGGGGGGCUCUGACGCCCAAAGCUAUGCAAGUUUUCAACACCCCUCGUUGGGUGCUGUUCUUCCUUUGUGUGGCCUCUUUCCUCCAAGGGAUGAUAAUCAACGGCUUCAUUAACACAGUGGUCACCUCCAUUGAGAGGCGUUUCGACCUGCGCAGCUACCAGGCCGGCCUCAUCGCCAGCUCCUACGACAUCGCCGCCUGCGUCUGCCUGGCUUUCGUCAGCUACUUCGGUGGGACGGGACACAAGCCUCGCUGGCUGGGAUGGGGUGUGCUGAUCAUGGCCCUUGGUUCUCUGGUGUUCGCCUUGCCUCACUUCACCACACCCCCCUACCAGGUCAGCCUGCCCGAGCGAACAGGAAUGUGCUCUGCCAACCGUACCAGCCCGUGCCGGGAUGAGGAGGGCGGAGGAUUGUCCAGCUAUCGUUUUGUGUUCAUGCUGGGCCAGUUUCUACACGGUGUGGGUGCUACGCCUCUCUACACGUUAGGGGUCACAUACCUGGACGAGAACGUCAAGUCCAGCUAUGCCCCUGUUUAUAUUGGGAUCUUCUACACAGCGGCCAUUGUGGGUCCGGCAGCAGGCUACCUGCUGGGAGGAUACUUCCUCAACAUUUACACCGAGAUCCACCUGACGACAGAGAUGACUCCAGAGAACCCUCUGUGGGUCGGGGCUUGGUGGAUCGGCUUCCUAGCAGGAGGAGCAGCAGCUCUACUGAUAGCAUUCCCCAUCCUGGGCUACCCACGGCAGCUACCGGGCUCUCAGGAGUAUGUGGCCAUGCGGGUGUCUGAGGCCCACCAGCUUAAGGACGGAAGCCACACCACAGCCUCAGACCCUCAGUUUGGCAAAUCGGUCAAAGACAUGCCAAGGUCUGUGCUGCUCCUCUUAAAGAAUCCCCCCUUCCUGUUCCUGUGCUUGGCUGGGGCUACUGAGGCCACCCUCAUUGCCGGCAUGUCCACCUUUGGUCCAAAGUUCUUGGAAUCACAGUUCAGUCUCAGUGCUUCAGAGGCUGCCACAUGGUUCGGAUACAUGGUGGUACCAGCAGGAGGUGGUGGCACCUUCCUGGGCGGCUACAUCGUGAAGAGACUGAACCUGCGCUGUCGAGGCAUCAUCCGUUUUUGCAUGAUGUGUGCGAUGGUCAGUCUGCUCGCCAUCUUCAUCUUUCUCAUCCACUGCCCCAACGUGCCCAUGGCUGGUGUCACAGCACCAUACCAGUCCGGUCUGAUGGAGAAACGCCAAGUGGACCACUACAAACACCUGCAUGACAAGCCCAGCAAGCUGCGCCUUAGAAACAGCUCUUCUUUAGAGCAGGACCUGACAGUGGGCUGUAAUGCAGGCUGUAGUUGUGUGAGAGAGCUGUACAACCCUGUGUGUGGGGCAGACGGUGUGAUGUAUUACUCCCCCUGCCAUGCUGGCUGCAGCUCCAUCAACCACACCGACCGCUCCACAGGCAAACAGGUGUACUCUGGAUGUAGCUGUUUGAUGGUUAAUGUGUCCUGGGGCGAGGAGGGCUUCGCUCUGGCAGGGAAGUGUGGCAGCUCCUGCCACCACAUGCCAGCCUUCCUCUCCUUUCUCUUCAUCAUCAUCUCCUUCACCUUCCUCUGUAGCAUCCCAGCACUCACCGCCACGCUCAGGUGUGUACCAGACAGCCAGAGAUCCUUUGGACUUGGCAUCCAGUGGAUUGUGGUGCGCACUUUUGGUGGCAUUCCAGGACCCAUAGCAUUUGGCUCUGUGAUUGACAUCUCCUGCUUACUGUGGCAGGAUCAGUGUGGUGAGCAGGGUUCCUGCUACCUAUAUCAGAACUCAGCCAUGAGCCAGUACACACUAGUAGCUGGCAUCAUCUACAAGGUUUUGGGGACAAUCUUUUUCCUGUUAGCCAGCAUCCUGUACCAGCCUCCUCCUGAGUCGCCUCAAAGCAGCUGUGAGAGCACCGACCAUGGAGUAGGAGACAUGAGCAAUCUGCCUGUCAAAGAUCUGCCUGAAGACGGCGUCAUCGUCAACCUACAUGCCAGGUUAUGACAUCAGAGGCCCCCCGACCGCUGAGUCUCCGUCUGACUGUGUAGGUGCUGCUUAACGCAGAGUGUGUGAAUGUGUGUUUGGGUGGUGAUGGGGGUGCCACUCUAUAUAUCAGCAGCCUUCUCUCAGCCAUAAUGACACUACCCCCAAACAUACACAUGCGCACAUGCAAACACAUGCAAUCACACAAACGGACAAAAUGAAUACAGACACAUAAACCACAAACUCAAACGGCCCCAGGCACAUCUCCACACACGCAGACAACAUUCUGUAGUCUGACUUGCUGCUGUGACUGCAUGUGUGUGUAUCUGAGUGUAUGAUUGACAGGGCGGUGCCACACAAGUUUUUAUAUACCAGGAAGCAUUUCUACAGGUAUCUCAAUACUAUGUUAAAUCAGUUCAAAUGACUUUUUAGAAUGUAAGUCUCAUGAUAUUUCUGUUUCAUAUUUUAUGUUAUUUUCUCUUUCAAAAGACAAUGAAACCGCUGAGACCUACAGUAUGCCAUAUGUAUGAAGCAUUUAUGAUGUGGAAAAAAAGGCAUUUAUAUCCAGCCUCUCCUUGUGUUCUUUCCCCAUUACUGGAAUAUAGUUUCACUGCUUUAUUUUCUACCCACUGAUAAAGCCAUGGUCUCAUACACUGUACAAGAUCUCCAGGCCAGUAAUAAUGAAGCCAAAUCAUUUUCAUGUCAUGUGUCAUAUUUUAAGUCAAGAGUAUCUAAAGGCACUUAUAUUAAUAUAAUGUGAGCAUAGACUAUUGGUCACAGUACAGCAGCACAAAUAUAUUUUCAAUCAGAAAAGCGCAUGUGUAUUUUUGAUAGCUACUUGGACACAUGUACAAGAAAUUUAUGACCAGUCAUUGGCUUGUAUUUAAAAGUAGUAAUACAGAGAAGAAGGAAACCACUAUGCGUUUGUGAUCUACAUGAAAUAGAUCUAUAUAUAUAUAUAUAUAUACAUUGGUUUAAUUGCUCUGUUUGCCAGAGUUUAGUAGAAAGAGCUAGAAUACUUAUCUUCCAUAGAAAUUACAGAGCUGCACUUUAAAAAAAAAACUAAAGCACUGAGAAGCUUGGAAAGUAUGUCUUGACACAAAUAUGGCCUGGUCUCACUAGCAUUUAAAAUGGCAAACUUUUGCAACAAAAUCAGUUAUUUCCUAUGGAAUCGCCGCAAUCAGUUUGUUCACUCGUGGGGGUGAAGUAAAUCUGCGCACAUUUUUCGCGUUGAGUUCAAGUUUCUACAGUGCUGACCUUUGAUGGAAUGGAAAAAAUCCAAAAUGGAGGAAGUUAUCGUAGCUUGUUAGCUGUGUGGCACCAUCAACUUUUAUAGAGACGAAGUGAAACCAAAUCUUUCAGGUCUUGUUCCAGAAGUAAGAAAGUCUCAUUCAAAAUCUCUUUGACAUUUAAAAUAACGCAAAUAACAAAAAAUUCAGCUUUGGAAUAUAGCCUCUCAAGAGUAUGUUGUGUGGUUUACUCCAUAUGUUUAGACAAGGACUGUAAUUUAAAAAAUAAAGAAACCAUCUAAUCUUGUUGAUUCAAUAUUUCUGUUUUUGGCCACCUUUAAUGUAUAUCAUUUCCCAUUAGCCCUAAAUCAUCCCAUGUUACAUGCCAUGGCUCAGCAAAAGAGAUGAGUCCAUGGAUGAGUCGCGGGGCCGUGGCUAGUUCAGUCAUGUCUGUAACAGCAGGACAGAGAGGACCAAACAGUGCAGAGGUUUCUAAACAGCGGAGAAAAAAUGACCAAGUUACGAUUAUGCAAAUUCUAGACCUGCACUGGUACAUUUCCGUGGGAGCUGUAGUUCGUAUGCUAAAAACUUGAUCGUUUUUAAAUUUUGUCAAAAUCACCAUGUUUCCAGUACCAAUAGCAAGUGCUGUAGUGAAUGCUGAUUUAUCUUAGAAUAUGAAAAGUAAACCCCAGGAACACGUUUCAUUUUUUCAGAAAGACAGAGGAAAGAAAUGCUGAAUGGGAGCUUGCACUGAGAACAGAAGCUAGUAGAACACAGACUAGCCUGACAUGACGUCAGGAUUUUGUCUCUCUACUUAACCCUUCUCUGUAGGAGUAUAAACUGCUCCACAAAACAGAAAUGGUGAAAUAGGGACUACUCGCAGAACUAACACAGUAGCCAGCCAAGAACAGCUAGUCAGUCACAAUAAAUCUCUGAGCUUCUUUUUAUUUUCUCUGCAGUGUUUCAUUUUACUCCCCCUGGCAUUUUGCUCAUUAUUUCAUCCAAUAAAAAGUUAUUGAAGAGGGGAAAAAAUGCUCUUUGAGCAAUAAAGCUCUGCAGGGCUGCCAACUUUUCAGUUCAGUUUGGAUUGAGAUUCGGUAUCGGUGAAGUUGAUGCAUUUUAUAAGGCCUUUUGUGACAUUACCCACUGCAGAGGUUGGGGUCAUCACUCCUCAACCACCAGGAAUUUUCUUUCAGCAGCCAAAUUCAUAAUUUUAAAGCAUGUAUAGAUGAAAAGCCAAGUCAAUAAUCACGAUCAAUGAUGAAUAAGUAUGACUGAUACUUGAUACCAACUUCCAGACAUCAUGGCCUAAACUGGGAGACCAAACCUAACCAGAGUAUCUGGGGGAUCUUCCCCCAGAAAAUUAAUUUCAGAGACUGUUUUCCUGAAUUUAUGGAGUAAUUUUGUUGCUGAAAUGUGGAGUCUGGAGGACCGGGGGGAAGGGGACAUUGAAAAUGGGACUCUCAGGAGACUCUGGAGGGUUAAAUAUAUGAGUGGAUAUGAUUGAAUUUUGUUCACAUACUGUUAACGGUUGCUAUUGGUGGUAACAUUAGUUUGAAAAGUGGGGGGGGCACAAUAAAGUGGGGGGUGUGGGGGUACUCCCCCAGAAAAAAAAAAGUAUUUGAAUACCAUUUUCUGCAUUUUUACAUGUUUUCAUCAUAUUCUCAGCUAUAAAAGCUACACAUUAUGAUUAAGAUGGCUAUCAUGCUUAGUUUAAUCAUUCUGCCAGAAAAGUGGUAAAUAUACAUGAGAAAAAGCCGUCUUACUCUCUGCAUGUUUAACCCAGAGCCCUACUGAGCAUCACAUGCUGCGUUAUUCAGUUAGGGAUGUAAGCUAUACUUUGAAUAGUACUGGUACUAGUACUGGCACAUUAUUUAUGGCACUAUCAACUAGCCAUGGGACGAUAUGAAAAUUUCAUGUCACGAUUAUCCUGGCCAAAAUAAUUGCGAUUCACGAUAUCCCAAUAAUCAUCAAAAUAUGCUUAAACUCUUAAAAUUGCACUAAAACAUAUUCGAAUAACCUUACCUUACAUUUAGUUAAGAAACUAAUAUUUUUAUUGCAUCACAGAUAGGACACAUCUAUUUACUGAACAUCCUUUUUAGUGAAAAACAAUCUUAAGGUAAGGAUAAAUCAUAAGGUUCCCAUGCAUAAAUAAACGAUAAAUAAAAAAUAGCAACAUUGUGUGAGUCUGUUCUUUCUUACAUGAUAAUUCCUGUAUUUUUUUUAAAUCAGGCUCUAUUUUUUACUUCUCUCCCAUGAUGUCAAAUGGUACAGACAACAGUUUCAUCAACUGUAUCAGUAUAUUUACCCCUGACUUAAGAAAUACAGGAAUUAUGCUUUAACAAAAAUAAAGUUCAACUGCAUUGUGGCAUAGAGUCAAACUGUACUACUUUGAACAUGUUAUAGUAAAAAAACAAAACAAAAAAAACAUUAUGCAGUUUUCUGUGAAACAGUACUGCUAGCCUUGUGGCCUAGACAGUGAGGCGUGCCAAACCUUGGCAAUUCAAAAUAAAUCAGGAAAUCAAUAUAGGACUAUUCACGAUUAUCCCGAUAAUGGAAAUACACCACGAUCAAUUUAUCUUGAAUGUAUUUUAUCCCGAUCCGCGAUAAAAUCAUAUAUCGUCCCAUCCCUACUAUCAACAGAUAAUGUUCCAUUUGCAACUUCAAUCACACAAUGUCUAGUACUCUUUAUUAUGAGGAGUACAUUAUGAUUAUACCUCAAAAUACAUGCCACAUUUUUAAAAAAUGUGAAAAUAAAUUAAUUGUACAGCCACCAUCUAAUUGUCUUACAUUUAAUGGCUUAUAUAGGAACAUAGUGCUUCUUCUCUUCAUGUAUCCAUGCUUAAAUUCCAUUUUAAGAUGAUAAAAGACAUUAAUCAAUGACAGACAGAAAUCAAUUCAUCAAACUUGCUGUUGUUGACAACAGCAACUUUUCAAACCCAUAAUGUUACCACUCUAGACACAAACUGUCUGCAACUCACAGCGCGAGAGUCCGCUUGAUUACUAUCCCGACGUACGCUGGUGUCGCAUCAGCUGGGCCGAGUUGAUUCGCGCCGCAACGUUAUCAGUUAUACGUUUGUUUUUGUGUUGUGAGAGCGUGUGAAAAGUGUGAAUUGCGUGAGUCUCACCGUCAGUGCGUGAGAGUUGGCAGCCCUGCAACUGCCUUUUAACAUCUAACAUGCACGUUAGCUUAGUCAUGAACAGGACAAUAAAUUCAUACAGUUUAUUUCAAAGACGUAUUUGUACAUUCAACUCCUGUCUCAUAACUGUCUCGAAACUCUUCCUGUGUUGUGGAGCAGUUUAUACUCAGGACUUUUAAUAAAAGUUAAUGGUCAGCACAGCUAACAAUCCAUGAUAGCUUUCUCCAUUUGGGACUCUCCAGCUCUCCGUUCCGUCACAUUGGUCAGUGGCGCAAAUUUACCAAAUUGGAACUGGCUACGAGAAAUUUGCACUGAUUUACCUCGCCACUGAUCACAGCGAGUCCACAGAAAUCAAACUUUGCCACAGCAGCUGGCCGUUUUAAAUGCUGGUGUGACCGUGCCUUUAAGAGGGAUAUUUGGGGAAGUAGCUUGUAAGUUGGCCCUGCCAAGCAAGACGCACAAUUGGCAUGACAUGCAGUAUAACAAAUCAUUAUUUGGACCUUAUUAUCACAGUACUGUAAGUCUAAAAAUGUGCCAAAGCAGCUUUGCCUAACAACUCUUGUAUUUAAUUUUUUAUCGUUGACCUCAUUUAUGCAAAUUAUUUAUUUAUAAUAUUUCAGCACUCAUAUUUUUUUGUUCUUUGUUUGAAUUCACUUUGCGAUGAUAAGGAAUGCUGCCCUGGCUCUCCUCCUGUUGUCUUUUGUCGUCUUGUCUUUAUUGUUUAUGUGAUAGUGAAACACAAGUUGACAACCUACUGUAUGUUGCCUAUGUUGUUGUCAUGUACUUUGCUCAUGUAAGAACUGACCUUAACACGCUCCGGCUGAUGUUGACGGGUUUGAUCUCCAUGUGAAUGUGUAAAUGCAGUCCUCCUAGUUGUGCUUUUUAAUCAGUCCCCGAGCUUUGACGAACCACUCUGGAAAUUGAUUUUUAUUCUUUCUUAUUUUGUUUUUGGUACAGUAUGUUUUUUUAAAAAAAGGAAGCAGUGGACUUGAAAUCAAUGAUCUUUUUAUGGAAUGAUUCAAAGAUGUCAAGUGUUUUCUAAUUACAAAAGCUGAACAGAUUA